UGUUCCACGCUCACCUCUAAGUAACUUUUUGCGACUCGCGAGUACUUCUCUCGAAAGAAUGCGAGAAGCAUGUGAAGUCGCCACUUGGCGUUUUUAAUACGUCCAUGUGCGUGAAAAAUGGAGCCGAACCACCUCCAAAACCUCUUCUGCAUCUGUGACAUCAACCAGUCCGGUAAAAUUGAGUUUGAGGACUUCACGGUUGUGUGCCGGGAGCUCAACGUGCCCGAUUCCGAGGUCCAAACAUUGUUCGGCAAGUUCGGCGUGGACGACGAAGGCUGUAUCGACUUCGGAAGGUUUUCGUGCAGGUUUAAGGAGGUUUUUCAGACUAUGGGGCCUGAUUUCUCAACGGUCGGUUCGGGAAUGUCGUUUGCGGCUCGGUUCGAUAUCGACGACGGUGUGCUGUCCGAAAGUCUGAAGGAGCAACUUGCCGACCUUUACCAGGCCAUUCAUGCGUGUGCCAACGCAAGUCUUCUGCAGCAGUAUGAGCAAGUUGUCCGCUCUGUGGUCAGCCAAAGCCUGGACAUCAGACUGGAAUGCUACCAGCUGGAGGCCAGUUUGAGGCGGGUGGAAGACAUGAACAGCAGCCAGUUGUCCGAACUGGAGGACGACAUGCAGAGGCAACUUGCUGGGACUGAGGAAAGAGCAAGAGCUGAGGAGCGCAAGAAAAUGGAGGAAGUCAUGUGUAACAUGCAGAGGAAACACGAGAAUCGCAUUGCAGACAUGCAGGUCACUGUGGACCGUCUAUUACAGAGCCAAGAGGAAUCACAGGUUGGGCGUUUCAAGGAGGAGGAACUUAAAGUAACCAAACGCAUCGGCGAACUGUCGCAGGAAAACGAGUUCCUGCGCUCCUCCUUGCGGGAGGCUCAGACCAGCAUCAGCGUCCUGCACUCGGAGCUGGACAAGCUGAAGAACAUGUACGCCGACGAACGUGCGCAGCAUGAACGAGAAACAAACCAGUUAAAGAAGAUGGUGAUAGAGUAUGAGACUUCCGCCAGUCAUAUUGAGAUUUUGCAGGAGAGGAACAAGGAACUUUAUGACAGCAACGAAAUCUUGCGCGCCACCUUGGAAACAGAAACGAAACGCAAGCUCCCAUUGAACGAUGAAGUCCCAGCUCAAAGGAAGAAGCCCAUAAGGCAGAGUACUCAAAAGAGUUUGAGCAUAGAAUCAGAGAAAUCGACCAUGUCUGAGGUGUCCUCGUGGGCCGAAAAGUACCUGGACAGCGGCGUCUCUCUGCCGUUAGACAGCUCGGCCAGCGACUUUGACAUGGAAACUGACGAUGGCCGAGACUCCACGGAGACCGUCCACAUCAGCUACUCGGACCAUGAGUUUUUGGACGCCAAAUCUGAGGCGGGGCUGUCUCUCUGUCAGAGUUUUGCAAGCUCCAACGCAUCUGCCUUUCGAAAGCUGUUGCCUGCUUUUAAUAAUGAGAAUGGGGGCGAGGAUGUGUGCGACAUGGAUGACACCGCGCCAAUCUACAGUCUUGUCUUGGCCGGAGACUCCGGAGCGGGCAAGUCCAGCUUCCUGCAUCGACUGGCAUUCAACCAGUUUAGAGACGACAUACAGACCACACUAGGUGUCGAUUUCCAGAUGAAAAAAAUGAUCGUAGAUGGACAAAUGACCAACCUGCGGAUAUGGGACACAGCUGGACAAGAAAGGUUCCGGAGUAUUGCUAGGUCUUAUUUCCGAAAAGCUGAAGGGGUCCUGCUCUUAUACGACGUGACGUCAGAACCAAGUUUCCUCAGCAUUAGAGACUGGCUAGAUCAGAUUCGGGAUUCCGCAGAUGAAAAAAUCCCCGUUUGCAUUAUUGGCAACAAGGUAGAUAAGAGAGAACACACGCCCGCUAAGCGCUGUGUUAGCACUUCGCACGGAGAAAAGUUGGCUACGGCGUACGGCGCGUUGUUCUGCGAAACCAGCGCCAAAGAAGGAACCAACGUGGUGGAAGCGGUGCUUCAUCUGGCCAGGGAAGUGAAGAAGAACGUGAAAGUGGUGAAGCCUAAAACAUCUCCGGUGGAACUGGCUGCCGACAGUGCAAAGAAGACUUUUGGCACAUGCUGCCGACUGUAGUUGGAUGGCACGAUAAUUUUUUCCUCUAUUUUCGAUAUAUAUACAUAGUCAUAAUUUUUUGCAAUGAAGGAUUUUUUUAACACACAUGCUCCUAAUAUUUUCUCUCCAUUGCCUGGAUAAAAGCACUGUCUUCUAAAAAUACCAGUAUCCUAUAUGUAAUUUGAUAUCACUAUUUUUGUAUUUAUUGGUCCUACUGGUAUAGUAAGGGUGCAAACUUUUUUUUUUUGUAAGAUAGAAACUGCACCUUUACAUUUUCUUAAACAUGAAGGGUAAAGAUAGUAUUUUGGAGCUAUUUUAAUAAACCUCACUGCACACUUUUUUAUAUAAUAGUAUAAACACACUGAUCAAAGCACUUUUUUCCCCUUUUUUAUUACAAAAGUGUCAACAUUUUUGCAAAUAAAAUCUGGGAAGAUUAA